AGCAUCUGCGCGCAGUGUUGGUGGAGCAGAGAAGGGGGAGAUGUUCUGUUGUGCGUAGAGGUUCUAACACUUUUUCACAGUCUUUUCUCUGUGUUUUAGCUGAUCUUUAGAGAAUGAACCUCUGGUGAACGUCUGGUAGAUUAAGAGGCGAUGAUGGAAACUCCAGCUUGUUUCUGUGGUGGUGAUAGAAGGUGUUCCAGAAGAAAACAGUGAGAUCCUGAUGCAAUUGUUCUCCAGCUGCCCCUUUACUUUCCUACACAGUUCACAAUUCUACAAAUCUAGCAGAUUUUGUCAAGAGGAAUACUUCAUACUUCUGAAGUCAAAUCUGAUUUAAUUAAGAGAAAAUGGAACUCAUAAGAAGCUCCAGUGCUCAGAAAACAUCUUCUGCUCAAAACCAAGACAGAACUCAUCACUGUUCAGACUGUGGGAAAAGUUUUAUUCAACUUUAUCAUCUCCAAAGACACCAGCGUAUCCACACAGGAGAGAAACCAUAUCACUGCUCAGAGUGCGGGAAGAAUUUUAUUCAAAAGAGUCAUCUCCAUAGACACCAGCUCAUUCACACAGGAGAGAAGCCGUAUCUUUGCCCAAAGUGUGGGAAAAGUUUUAAUCGAAAGACUCAUCUUCAAAGACACCAGCUCAUUCACAGAGGAGAGAAACCGUAUCACUGUUCAGAGUGUGGGAAGUGUUUUAGAGAAAAACCUACUCUCAGAAUCCACCAGCGCAUCCACACAGGAGAAAAACCUUAUCAGUGCUCUGAGUGUGGAAAAAGCUUUAGAGAGAGAAGUACUCUGCAAGUGCAUGAACGCAUUCACACAGGAGCAAAACCGUAUUGCUGUUCUGAAUGUGGAAAGAGUUUUGGUGUGCAGAGUAAUCUCCAUACACACCAGCGCAUCCACACUGGAGAGAAACCGUACUACUGCUCAGAGUGUGAGAAGAGCUUCAGGCAUUUGAACUCUCUGAAGAUGCACGAGUGCACUGUGAGCAAGGCUGAAACAUAUGAUGAAUGAGUUUGUAAUAUCAGAAGACUUGAUGUUUAUUAGGUCUGUCAUAUUUCAAUCAAAAACAGACCAUGAUUUUUGUUGUUCACACUUUCAUCUUCAUACUUUUGGUGCAUUUUUCCAGAAAGCGGAUUUAACAAAACUUCAAAUUAAAUUGGGUUGACUGAACAUAACGUGGGUACAUACAGGCUAGAGCACAAUGUUUGAACUCUCAUGCAUGUCAUUACUCAGCCACAUUUACAUUUGACCAAUGCCACAAAAUUGGUCUGUGUGUUCAACAGUGUAAGCAAUGGUGCUUAGUUUACAACAACAACAUUUAUUUGUUUAGUGCUUUUUACAUCUAGUGUUGUCUCAAAGCAGUUUUACAGAAAAGCAAUUUAUUGAAGGAAAACAGUUUAUGGAAGGGUUAUAAUGAGAAAGGAUAAAAGGAGAAAAAAAAGAAGCCCAUGUAUAGAUGUAAGGAACUAUGUCCGAGUCCAAGCCCCUCAUGAGCAAGUUAGAGGUGACAGUGGCGAGGAAAUACUCCCUAUGAGUAAGAAGAAGAAACCUCGAUAGGAACCCAGGCUCAAGGGAGGAACCCAUCCUCCUCUGGUCAACCCCGGAUGAAGAGAGAGUGACAGAGCUAACAAGAUUUUAUCACAAGAUACAACAAAGCAUCUUUUCAUAAAUGUAUAAUUUACUAUACAUUAAAAACACCUGUCCCCACUAUUUGGUCUAGUUGUAUAGGUACUCAGAAAAAUGAUCACUUGAUUUGUGGUGAAUUAAGUGUUCUUUGUUUUGCUUUAUAAAUCCAGUGUUUGUCCCUGUUUUGCAUCCUAUACUUCUAGCGCUCCUGAACGUCCCUCCCCAGCUGGCAGAGCUGUGAUAUGAACAUUCAGAGAAACUUGGAUUUGCUUCUGCUGGCUGAAACCUGAUAACCACCAUAAGAUUAUUUACAUUUAAACAUGCUCCACGUUAGGAAACCCAAACCAUGCUUAAAAGACAAAGGUAAUGGACUGGCUGCUUAUAAUGGACAUCUGAAAGUGAAAAGUGUUCCUCUGUAAUACUGUAUUAUUUGAGUACUUGGCACUGAUAGUUGUCUGGUCUUCCCCUGUGGUGUUGUUAAUUUAUUGUCUGCCUAAAAUAGCUCAAAAUGAUUUUUUCCCCCAAAUAAAUUCUGCUUUCACAAUC